AUGCCGUCCAUCCUGAAUCUCAAGUUCGAGUCCUUUAUCGCCUUUUCCAACCUCGGCGACACGGACUCGCUCACCAAGACCUGGAAGGUCUGGACCAAGGUAGCCGGCUACCCCGAGCAAGGCCAGCGUCUGGAGAACUUCACGUGGUGGCUCUGGCACCUGCAAAACCUGAUGGUCGACACGGACAACGCCAAGUCGAUGCGCGAGUUCAAGAAGCUGUCCAAGGUGAUGGGCACCAAGCUCGACAAGGAGAAGGGCCGGUCGAUCGAGGAGCUCGAGGCGCCCAGCUUCCGGCGCACGGGCAGCACCGACCUGCUCAUCGCCCGCGCCCACGAGAAGGAGCGCUCGCGCGAGGCACAGCAGUCGGCGCGCCCCAACACCAUCAAGCGCACGCAGUUCACCUUUUCCAUCGACGGCCCGUCUGAGCCCGCCUCCGCGCAGCACGUCGACAAGCCCGACCUCAAGCCGUCGGCUGCAUUCCGCCGCACCGGCCCGCGCACCGCACGCCAGCCCCAGCAGCAGCAACCACAAGAAGCCGUCGAGCAGCCGCUCACUCAGCGCAGCCGCAAGCAAUCCGUCUCGGUACCUUCCGCGCCCGCGCCCGUCCAGGUGGACGAAUUUGCCGCGCCUCGUUUUCCCUCGUAUCUCUCGUCCGACAUUGGGUCCGCCGCUCUUCUGUAUGCUGUGCCGACACUCGCGAACAGCAACCCGCCGAUGAUCGAGCCCGGCAUCGACGAGCUCAUGGACGACACGCCACCGCAGGAUAGAAAGCCUACCCACAGCUGGGUGCCAAUGGACCAUGCGAAUCCCGCUACCGAUACGCCUACACCCGCCACCACUGCUGCUCCGGUUGCUUUGACGUUCGCUACAGCUACGACUGUGACCCCCCCCCCUCCCACGCCCUCUGCCUUUGCGCCCCAACCUCCCACGAGUAGUGCCCCCACCCAGCUCGCCACGACGCCGGCUUCAAAGUCCGUGCUCUGCGUCCGUACCGACUGUAUCGGUCCCACGCAAACGGACGACGAGCUCGAGGAGGAGGAGCGUGCUGCUAAGCGUCGUCAUAUUAGCACUGCUAGCUCGACGUACGACACAGCGAACGGCUCCGAGCCGCCCAGCUCGGCCACCUUGAGCGCGAGCUACGCCACGGCCGUCUCCUCGCUUGCGAACGAGUCGUACAAGAUGCCCAAGGUAUUCGGCUCGCCGGCCUCGAACGACAAGCACGGCGCGAGCAACGGGAACGAUAACGCACAGUCUUCCGGCUAG